GAUCAUCAUCAUUCUUUCACAUACCUUAUUCACUACUCCUCACACAACAAAGGAUUUCUUUCUUUCUCAAAAAAACUUAAAAGUGUUCUUCCUUUGCUAUAGAUAGAAAUCAAGAAAUGAGGUCUACACCAUACAACCCUAAACUCCUCCUCAUCUUUGUGACCAUAGUUUCUUUCUUCCUCUUCAUCAUAAGAUCAAAUCUCCCCCCUUCCAACCCUACAUUAAUCCCUUUAUCGCGCUCAUCCUCGACGACACCAACUUGUAAUAAAAUCCCGACAAGUAUAUCCGAGGCGUUGAUCUACUAUUCGACGUCCACGAUCACACCCCAACAAACCCUCAAAGAAAUCGCGUUCACGGCAAGAAUCUUGGACGACAAGUCCCCAUGCAACUUCCUCGUAUUCGGGUUGGGCCACGAUAACCUCAUGUGGCGCGCGCUCAACCAUGGCGGGCGCACGGUCUUUUUAGAAGAGGAUCGAGCGUGGAUUGGCCAAGUCAAGAAAAGAUUCCCGGGAUUAGAAGCCCAUCACGUUGUGUACGAUACUAAAGUGAGCGAGGCUAAUGAGUUGAUGCAAGCGGGAAAAGGGCACGAAUGCACGGCCAUAAUCGAUUCAAGAUACUCGAUGUGCCAAUUGGCCUUGAGGGGUCUCCCGGGAUACAUCUACGACACACAAUGGGAUGUGAUCAUGGUCGAUGCCCCCACGGGGUACCACGAGGAGGCCCCCGGCCGUAUGGCCGCCAUCUACACGGCCGGAAUGAUGGCUAGGAACCGUGAAGAUGGGGGUGCAAAAACUCAUAUAUUUGUUCAUGACAUAAAUAGAGAUAUUGAAGAUAGAUUUUCAAGAGAAUUUCUUUGUGAAGGAUACAUGAGAAAACAAGUGGAAAGAUUGAGACACUUUGUUGUGCCUAGCCACAAGAAUGAUUUGGACAAACCAUUUUGUCCUUUGAUGGGAAAUUUGUAGAAACUUGUAAUUUUUUGUUUGUACCAAGAAUUCGAAUCGAUCUCUUGGAUGGUAGUGUGGUGUUCCCAUGUAAAUAUUUGCAAUUUUUUUUUAUUUAUUUAAAAAAUAUUUUGUUUUUUUAUUUUAAAUUUUAGUUUAAAAGGCAAUUGAAUGUAAUAUCAUUGAA